GCCCGGAGAAGAUUAGCACUAUGUGGCUAAGCAAAAAGACAAUCUUAUAGCCCAGAAUCUAUCCUGAUCCUCGCCAACAAUCACCGCGCAGCAGCUUGCUAGCAAGAGGGUAUAACGACUGUUUAAUCCGAAUCGCAAGAUCCGAUAUGACAUCGAACGCACUGGCAGAUCCUGAACAAAAGGUGUGGUUCAUUACAGGAACAUCAUCGGGAUUCGGCAGACGUCUUGUGACGUUGGUCCUCGCACGGGGUGACUAUGUGAUUGGAACUGUCCGGCGAGCCGAGGACUUCCAAGUGUCUGUCUUUGAAACGGACCGAACCCGUCUGCAUGUGAUCGUCCUUGACCUCAAAGAUGAGAAAGCGACGAUGCAAGAGAAAGUCAGAGAGGCUGUGUCUGUUUGGGGUCGCAUAGACGUCCUAGUGAACAAUGCGGCCUGGGCGCCGAAGUCUUUAUUGGAGGAAGGAGGAACCUCGUUCGUUCUUGACCUGUUCCAAACGAACGUCUUCGGAGUCUUGAACCUCACGAACGCGGUGCUGCCAUACAUGAGAGAGCGGAAAUCCGGUACAGUCGUAUUUUUUGGAAGCCGUUCUGUUUGGAAAGCGGAUACCAUUUUAACGGGACACUAUAUCGCGACGAAGGGCGCGAUUCACGCUCUCGCGGAGACAUAUGCAGCAGAGCUCGAGCCUUUCAACGUCCGCGUCGUGCUCGCUGCCCCAGGUGGAUUUCGCACAGAGAACAUUCAUACGGCUCCCAUCAUCAGCGAGCACCAGAUGAGCGCGUAUGAUGAUCUCCGUGAGACAGAGCUGGCGAUUUAUCACGAGAGAUGGCGUCAGGCUCCUGGCGACCCGGUCAAGGCGAUGGAACUGCUUAUUGAUGUCGUGAAGAAAGAAGGCAAGGCUGAGGGAAGGGAAAUACCAUUUUAUCUGAUUCUGGGUAGCCCAACGUACGAGGCCGCAAGAGCGCAUUGUGGACGUUUGUUACAGGUCAUGGACCAGUGGGAAGAUGUAGCCAAAGAUCUGGAGUUUGACGCCGACGUGUAAAUAAAUGAUCACUAGUAUUUGAGAUUGAUGUACAGCAGCCAUAUGUGGUGCUCGAUUAAGUGGCA